ACAGAUAGAAAGUGGCAAAUCAAAUCGAGUUCGAUUUUCUGCUUCUCUUUCGGAUUCAUCAGAUUCAUCUCCUGUUGUUAGCAGCUACGAGCAGACUGAGAGAGCGCGAGAGAGGGAAAUGGUGACGUACGUGAGCGCGUUGUUCUACGGAGUAGGAGGUAUAGUAGUCGCCGGCGUGGCGCUGCUCGUUGCCUUCCAGGAGAAGCUCGUCUACGUCCCUGUGCUCCCCGGCUUAACCAAGUCAUACCCCAUCACCCCCGCCAGGCUCAAUCUCAUCUACGAGGACGUCUGGCUUCGAUCCUCCGAUGGCGUACGCCUCCACUCUUGGUUCAUCAAAAUGUUCCCCGAUUGUCGAGGUCCAACCAUUCUGUUUUUCCAGGAGAAUGCUGGAAAUAUUGCUCAUCGUCUAGAGAUGGUUCGCAUCAUGAUACAAAAGUUGAAGUGCAAUGUAUUCAUGCUUUCCUAUCGCGGCUAUGGGGAAAGUGAGGGUUAUCCGUCACAGCAGGGAAUCAUUAAAGAUGCUCAGGCUGCGUUGGAUCACCUUUCUCAAAGGACAGACAUUGAUACUUCUAGAAUUGUUGUAUUUGGAAGGUCCCUUGGAGGAGCUGUUGGAGCUGUGCUUACCAAAAACAAUCCUGAAAAGGUAUCUGCAUUGAUUCUGGAAAAUACAUUCACAUCCAUUCUUGAUAUGGCUGGUGUUCUACUGCCCUUCUUAAAGUGGUUUAUUGGAGGAAGUGGCACUAAAAGCCUCAAACUUCUCAAUUUUGUUGUACGCUCCCCCUGGAAGACAAUUGAUGCUAUUGGUGAGGUCAAACAACCAGUACUUUUCCUCUCUGGACUGCAAGAUGAGAUGGUCCCACCAUUUCACAUGAAAAUGCUGUAUGCGAAAGCGGCUACCCGUAACUCUCAGUGCACCUUUGUUGAAUUUCCAAAUGGGAUGCAUAUGGAUACCUGGCUGACUGGUGGUGACGUUUACUGGAGAACGGUCAUGGAGUUCCUUGCAAAACAUGCCCCUGAGGGAAGGAAACCCGAUACAGGAAGGUAAACUAGCUUGGCGAAGCUGUGUUGAGAAGAGGAAGUUUCAACUCAUUUUGGCUCCUAAUGCAACCUGAAACGUUAGUCUCUUUAUAAGCAUAUGUGUGUGUGGUGUGGGGUAUGUUGCAUUUUGGGAGUGACAGAUACAACUUGUAGUGAGAGUAAGAUGCUGGACAAGGGAGCCUGUGGGAGAUGGCACAAUGUACGUUUAAUCAUUAUGCUUUUUUUUUUGCGUUGUUUCAGUUUUGUUUUCUUCUGUUUUUUUGUUGUUUCUUGGUUAUUUAACUGUUGGUGGAGGCUUCUCUUAUGAUACCUAACCCUUCCCUCUAAAAUGAUAACUGCUUUGUAGAUGAUUGGGAAAGUCCAAAGACACUGGUUAUAUGAUUAAAAUAAUUUGUUGUUUAA